CAAGGACUCGCCCACGACUCGAUUCUGGCUCCUCUCUAAUUUCUUGCCAUCCAAAACCCUGUAUCACUCUCAGGGACCCAAAAACCCUAGGUGGUCAUCCUCGAACAAUGGAGAUGGAGAUCAAUCUGGAGAACUUGCCAUUCGAUCUCGACUUCCAUCCUUCAUCUCCCAUCGUGGCCACGGGUCUCAUCAAUGGCCGUCUUCUCCUGCAUCGCUACUCCGAAGAUUUGCAGCUUCAAAGAUUGUUUAAGAUUCGCGUGCAUCGGAAAUCAUGCAGAGCUGUUCGAUUUGUUAAUUCUGGAAGUGUUAUUCUUACAGCUUCUCCUGAUCGUUCAAUUCUUGCCACGGACGUGGAGACUGGAAAGGAGAUUGCUCGCUUAGAAAAAGCUCAUAGGGCUGCUGUGAAUCGGCUUGUAAAUUUGACAGAGACCACGAUUGCAUCGGGAGAUGAUGAAGGUUGCAUUAAGGUUUGGGAUACAAGGCAACGUGCUUGUUGCAAUUCCUUUGAGGCUGAUGAAGAUCUUGUGUCAGAAACAACUUAUAUCUCAGAUAUGACUUACGUGCCUGAUUCAAUGCAACUGUUGGCGUCAAGUGGGGAUGGGACGCUUUCUUUAUGCAGUCUUCGGAAAAAUAAGGUACAAACCCGAUCAGAGUUUGCAGAAGAUGCGUUGUUGUCUGUAGUCACCAUGAAGAAUGGUCGAAAAGUUGUUUGUGGAGCAGAGUCCGGAGCUAUGUUGCUGUAUUCUUGGGGCCAUUUGGAGGACUGCAGUGAUCGUUUUCUUGGGCACAGUCAGUCUGUUGAUAAAUUACUGAAGCUUGACGAAGACACUGUCAUUUCUGGAUCGGAUGAUGGAUUAAUCAGGUUGGUGGGUAUCUUGCCGAAUAAAAUUAUUCGGCCAUUGGCUGAGCAUGCAGAGUACCCAAUUGAAGGUCUAGCAUUUUCACAUGACAGGAAAUACCUUGGUAGUAUUUCACAUGAUCAAAUGUUAAAGCUGUGGGAUUUACAAGAACUUCUAGAUAGUAAACAAGAUGCCUCUAGCAGUCAGAUGGUUGAAGCUGAGAGUGAUAAUGAUGAAAUGGAUACAGACCCACUUCCAGGAAAUAAGAGAAAGAGGACAAGCAAAGGUCAGAAUACAACUUCAGCUGCAGAUUUCUUUGCGGACAUGGAUGAUUCAUAGUUGAAUCUCUCCAAUGUUUUAUUAUAAUUCUCAAUCAGGAUAUAUGGAUAUUCAUUGUUGAACGUCUUAUUGGGUUUUUUCAUGUCAAAUGGCUUUAUAGUGGUCUCUUUUAUUUCUCUUUUUGUUGGGUAAAUUGUAUCAUUUUUGUCCUGAUCAUAUAGUUGGCUUAUCAGAUGCAUCAUGCUAAACCAAUGUUUAUCGAUUUUAAACCGUCUAUUUGAACCCUUUGUGUCAUUACCUGA